AGGUGACGCGCGCGCGCGCCUCACACCACUCUCACCUCGUGCACGCCGAAAACAAUCUCCUGCGGUUUUUCGUCCGUAUCAUGUAGACGCCGAAACAAGAGUUCACAAUAGAUAUACACAUUAGAACACGUAGAUUAGGCACUUAAAUAGCCUAUGUAAAUGCACAACACUUUUCAAUAUGGGAAAUGCUUUGGGUAAUUACACUUUACAAUCUCACUGAAUUUUCGAAUGUUUCGGCUACUUGUGCGUUUCGUUGUCAACAGCAGAGAGAACUUACGCUGCUGGCCGCUAAUAUCGCAGAGUUUUUAUCUUUUUAUUUUUUGGCGUUGAAAAGAAGAGAAAAGCGUCUGUGCGCGACCUACCCCAAACACACUGAGCCGGAGAGGGUUCAACUUUAACCCCCGCUACAAGAGAAACUCGGGCAUGGCGGUCUUGCCUGACAGUCUGUGAUUACAGUAGAAAAUCCGGAGGUGUCGCUUCAGAGGUCAAGGCUGCGGGGCGCACGGAUCCGCGUCCUGGUGUGAUCUACUUAUUGAUCUUCACCUGCUUUUGAUUGAUCCUCAUCAGUAUUUUGAAGAAUGCAGUUAGAAAGCAUCCUCCCUGGCGCAUCUGUAAACUUACCCAAGACCUUCUAUAACCUGUCGUCGUCCUCAGAGAGCACCAACAACAGCCCAGGGUCAACGCAGAUAGACUUUCAGGACAUGGACCGGACUGAAGCGGAGCAGAGCUCCGGUGCCAAGAAGUUUUUGAGCGGUGGGAGCGCGCUGAUUGAUGAGGCUGACAGCGAGAGCUUCACCGGGAAUAAAGCAGCCGCAUCCGCCGCCGCACCGGACGCACGGAAAAGUUCUCCGGUGAUCGGUGGAGAUGAUGAGCUAUCCAGCGCCCGCCGUUACAGCAUCGACGAGCUGGGCACUGAUCGCUACUUCAUAUCCUCCACCCAACCGAGCUCCGACGUGACCAAUCCGUGCUCUCUCUUCCCGUACGGAGGCCAAACCGGGUCGGUGUACAGCGGCGCGAACGGGUCCAGGUAUUCGUCGUCUCUGCAUUACGGCUCGGUUCUUCCGCCCGCCGGGUUCUCCUCCGCCGUGUGCGCCGGUCGCAGUCAGUUUGGGAGCGGGUAUCAGUUCGGACAGGGUCCCGGGUGCCUGUACCCGUCCUAUCCGGGACCGGGCUCCGGUUUGAGCUCGAUGCCCAUCCCCGGUUCGGGAGCCGCGACGAGGGCGCAGGUUUACCUGUGCAACAGACCGCUGUGGCUCAAAUUUCACCGCCAUCAGACCGAGAUGAUCAUCACCAAACAGGGCAGGCGAAUGUUCCCCUUUCUGAGUUUUAAUAUCACUGGACUGAACCUGACCGCGCAUUAUAACGUGUUUGUGGAGGUUAUUCUGGCCGAUCCGAACCACUGGAGAUUUCAGGGCGGAAAAUGGGUCACCUGCGGGAAAGCGGACAACAACAUGCAAGGAAACAAGGUUUAUGUUCACCCAGAAUCACCAAACACUGGAGCACACUGGAUGAGGCAAGAAAUAUCGUUCGGAAAACUGAAGCUAACCAACAACAAGGGCGCAAAUAACAACAAUACUCAGAUGAUCGUCCUGCAGUCCCUGCACAAGUACCAGCCGCGGCUGCACAUCGUGGAGGUGACAGAAGAUGGUGUGGAGGACAUGAGCAGUGAAGCUAAAACACAGACCUUCACUUUCCCUGAAAACCAGUUUAUCGCUGUAACGGCUUACCAGAACACAGACAUCACACAGCUCAAGAUCGACCACAACCCCUUCGCAAAAGGCUUCAGAGACAAUUAUGAUUCGAUGUACACGGCUCCAGAGAGCGACAGACUGACGCCCUCUCCUACCGAUUCUCCGCGGUCGCACCAGAUUGUCCCCGGCGCCCGCUAUGCAAUGCAGCCCUUCUUCCAAGACCAGUUUGUAAACAACCUGCCGCAAAACCACCGCUUCUAUGCCAGCGAGCGCGCCGUGCCGCAGACCAACGGCCUGCUUUCUCCUCAGAGCGAAGACUCGGCCGGCGGCUCGGCUUCAGCUCAACGCUGGUUCGUGGGGCCUGUCCAGCAAAGCGGGGCAUCUGGUAAACUGGACCUGUCCUAUGACAGUGAGUACUCGGCCUCCAGCCUCCUGCCGUAUGGCAUCAAGCCGCUUCCGCUGCAGAGUCCGCAUGCUCUCAGCUAUUACCCCGACUCGGCCUUCGCUUCCAUGGCGGCCGGCUGGAGCAGCAGAAGUUCGUACCAGAGGAAGAUGACCACUGGCCUGCCUUGGUCUCCUCGGCCGAGCCCUCCGGCGUACACCGACGACCUGCUGUCCUCUAAAGACAAGCUGCAGGAUGAGAGCUCCACUGUGGCCCCCACGACUGGCAGCACCGGCCCCUGGAUGGAGGCCCCGCCGGUGCUGAAGGCUGUAGACUCGGGGGACACCAGCGGAUACUCGAUGGCGUGUAAAAGGCGACGCGUUUCACCUGGAGGCUCCAGUACAGACGCUUCGCCUACUAUAAAGUGUGAGGACUUGAGCUCUGAGGAGUACAAUAAAGAGAGCCAUAAAGCCAUGGGUUAUUACGCCUUCUACACGAGCCCUUAAGAACUGCUUAUUCGGGUCAACUCUCUCUCUCUCUCUCUUUCUUUGUUUUGUUUGAAGUGAUCUGCCCAUGUUGUGUUUUUAAUCUUUUAAUCUGCAAGUGCCAAAGCUUUCGUGCUCCCGGUUGUGCUUGUUCAUUUUUUGCUCAUUUGUGAAAUAUGCUUCAUUUUAAUGUUUUUUUUUUGUUUGUUUUUUUACUUUGGAUUAUUUUUAAAGCAUGCCCUUAAUUCUUUUUAACCAUAUUUUUCUAUGAAGUCCAAUGUGGUUUUUCCUUUUAUUUAAGAUCCCUCUGUUGUACAGUAUUUGUGCACUUUAGAUUGUGAUGUAUCUUGUACAAAUGUUCUCAUGGCACUGUUAUGAAAGGUGAAAUAAAAUGUGCUUU